AUGGCUUGCAAUGGAGGAAAAGGAGGCCAUGCUCCAAAUGAACACACUCAUUUGAUCCCAUCACUAGAGCAUCAACAUGUGAGCCACAGAUCCCCUUCCUCAUGUGCAAACUUGUCACCUAAAGUAGACGAUCCAACUCAAUCAUCCACUAAGAAGAAGCUCGCCAUUGCAACUACGAUUGCAUUGUUAUUUUUUGCAACAGAGCUAAUUGCCGGCUAUCUGGCGAAUUCAUUGGCCCUCAUGUCUGAUGCUUUCCAUCUGCUAUCUGAUGUGGCAAGUUUCAUUGUGGCAUUAGCAGCCAUCUAUUUAGCAGAGAAGCCGCCUACCAAAAAGCACACCUACGGAUUUCAUCGAGCUGAAGUAAUCGCUGCGCUAGUGUCAGUCUUGACUAUUUGGGUAUUGACAGGAUUUUUAGUCAUGGAAGCAAUAGAAAGAAUUAGAAAGCCUCAAGUCAUCGAUGCUAAGCUCAUGUGUAUCACCGCUUCUAUCGGCGUACUUGUGAAUGUCAUUCUGGCAUGUGUCUUGGGCGGACAUCAUCACCAUCACCAUCAUCAUGAACAGGGCCAUGGCGACAAUGAAUCGCACCAUCAUCAUCAUAGUGACCAUAAGGAGGUCAAUAUCAAUCUGAGAGCAGCCGCCCUUCAUGUGCUUGGAGAUUUACUAGCAUCUAUUGGCGUUUUAAUUUCAUCUGUCAUUUUGCUAUGCAAGCCCAAUUACACCAUUGUGGAUCCCAUGUGUACAUUUCUCUUUUCGAUCAUUGUGCUGUAUACCACAUACCAUUUGGUGCAAGAUUCAAUUGCGAUUUUGAUGGAGGGAGCACCGGGUCAUAUUCAACCCGACGCCAUUGAAAAAUCCCUGCAGCAGAUCCCUGGCGUAACUGCAGUGCACGAUUUACAUAUUUGGGCCUUGAGUCCAGGCAAAAGUUCGCUCACAGCACAUAUCAUGGCCGAUGCGGCAUCUGAUUACGACCGCAUCUUAUCGCAAGGACAGACUAUUGUAUGCGAUAUCUAUGGCAUUCAUCACUCGACACUCCAGAUUGAAACAGACAAGGCAGGGUUCACAAGUCAUUGCAGACCACACAUUUGCUCUUCUUCUCCAGGAUGCUAA